AUGAUCACGUUAUAUAGUUUAUCAACAUUAACAACAGCAGUAAUAGUGUUGAUUAUAUGUAAAAAUGUUCAAGGAACAGAUUGGAUUGAUUAUCCUGAACCAUCAUCAAAUGUUGAUACGACAUUUGAUGAUGAUUCUGAUCAAUAUUUAAGCGCAUUAACACGUGAUGAAGAACAAGAAAUACAUAGUCCAUUUAUAACCGGUUAUAAAUAUGUAUCAGGUGGAGCAGGUGAAGGUCGACAACAUCUUAGUCCUAGUGGCCAAAUACCAAAUCGUCUUGAAGUAAAAACUGACGAACAGCUACCAUCGUAUUGUGAUCCACCUAAUCCAUGUCCAUUAGGUUUUGAAGCGGAUGAUUGUGACGCAUCACCAAUGUCUAAAUUUACAGCUGAAUACAGUAGAUUAUAUCAAGCUCACCAAGAUUGCCAAUGUGACAAUGAUCAUGAUGAAUGUUUCUUGAAUAGUAUUUUGUAUACUGUUCCACCACAUAGUUCAUCAAGUGGUAUUUUAAAACGUGCUCGACGAAUUCGACGAGAUACUGAUCAUCGAAAACAAGCAGAAAACGAUACAAAACAUCAUUUACAACGUAAUCCAUUCCAUAAAGGACACACAUUACGAUUCCAUGUUGCUAAAAAAUCUCCAAUUAGUAUGACAUCAUAA